AUGCUGGCACGGACGUCAAGGAACCAAACACUCAUCAUCAGAGCUCAGAAGGUCAAUUCCACUGGAGGACCGGUUCCUGAAUUGUUCAUCAAUGACUGCUACUCUCUUGCCAGGGUAAGUCGCUGUUACACAAGGCACAGCGGUCUCUUAAGCCACAUGUUCUGGGUUCCGCAGAGAAAGCACCUGGGCUUUCUGCUCCCCAGCCCUGCCCUGUGGGCAUCUCUGACCUUCCUCUCUUGCUUCAGGUCUUUGGCGCCUUUCUCCCUGCGGAGCAGCUCUUGGAGGCCAUGUGCUUCCUGGCCAGCAACAUGGUUCUUGAGAGCAGCUUCGACCCCUUGGACAUCUCCCACCUGCUGCAAGAGUUCAUCAAGCAGUUUAGCGGCAAAGCAGUAGAGGUAAGGUGUCUUCAAAGGUAGGAGAGAAGAAGAAUCUCCGCUUUGGUGUAGGGGAGGCAACCUAAUGCCAUUGGGUGGCCAGGACUCAUGUUUGUUGAGAGGGCCCUGGCAAUGUCAGGACAAGAAGCUCAGCCAAGGGUCCUGAGAAACAUGGGUUCAGGAAUGGGGAAUCCUCCUCCUCCUGGGAGCAGACUGGUAAGCUUUUCUCUUGGCUCACAAUGGAGAGGGGAACUGGUUCCCUGGAGCUGCCUGUGUCCAAUACUCCCAAGGACCCUGAUUGGUACCUUUGAAGGAAGAUGGCUGUGGUGGCACAGGUCAAGGGUCCCUCUUUCUAUGAGGGAUGGAGGGAUCCGCCUGCAGACAGCCCCGCUUCCUUGUACUCUCCAAGCAACCUUCUCCUUUUCUCUGACAGGUGGAGGUGCUGCUGGAGGCCUUCUACAAAAUCACCCAGGGGCCUACAGUGGAGGGCAGAAACAUGGCCGUCUUCACAUUCUCCAUCUUGUCACAGCACCACCUGGUGAAAGUGGUUGAAUACCUCCUCCAGUUUCCCUUCGGGUAUGGAGCCCUCCAGGUUCUACUGGGCUAAGGGGAAGGUUGGCAAGCUGCAGGGCUUGCUCAGAAAGCCCUUGCUGCCAUUUCCUCUCUCUGGAGCAUGGCAGCAAGCAGAAGACUUGAAUCUGACCAUUGCUCUUGUUUUUGCAUUCACAGAGACUGCGAGAGAGUAUGGAAGGAGGUUUUGGAAUCGGCCAACCAAGAACAACUGCUCCAUCUCAUGGCUGAGCAGCUUUACCAAAGCCCCUUGGCAGAAUCUGCCACCCAAGUGGUAAGAACGAACCACCUGCUUUCUGGCUUCCUUCUUCCCAGGGUAGUAUCGAGGGGUUUCUGUAUUCUGCAGAAAAGCAGGGAAAGUGACUUGCACCUCUCUCUUCUACAACAACAUCUCACCAGCCUGUUCCACGCUAUCCUCAGGAUAGAGGAAUACAAGGCAGCUGUGCGCCGGAAUUUCCCACAGCUGCUGAUCGCUCUCCUGGGGAUGGUUGUCAACUUCCACUACGACCAGGAAUUCCUUGGGUGAGUAGUGUGUUGCAAAGGGGCCAAUGGAGUCGUUUUCCCUUCAGCCUCUGGGGGUUUCCAGUCCAACUUGGUUUUCUAGGUUUUCAGGCGGCUGCUAGGGAGGAAGGAUGGGGAAGGAAUGUGAGUGUGUGGCAAUGACCCUCAUGGUAAAACUGGCCUUGCUUUGGUUACAGAGGGGCUAAGGAAGUUCUGUACCUCCUUCUCGGCACCACUGGAGAGGAAGUAGAGAUGGCCAUCAUAGACCAACUUUUCUGCCCGGAGAAUUUCAGCCAGGGGUUGUCUGCCAUGGUGAGGCAAGAGGAAGAACAGGGUGACCUUCCAAUGGUCUGGCAAACGGAGUUGAAGGCACAGGAUCGGACUGUGCCCCUGUUUGCUUCCUACGGUGUCUCUCCCCUCCUUACCAAUAUCUGCUUCUCCAUUUCAGAGCUGUCGGAAAGCGACGCUGGUGGAUCCCUCCCAUGGUAGAAAACAUCACUGCUGCUCUCGAGGACCAGGAGUUUGCCGGAAUGCCACAAGUAGCGGCAGCUAUCUACAUCGAGGUGAGGGGGACUGACGCGGGAGGAAAUGGGUGCAGCAAGGAGACCCUGGCUUGGUUUCUGCCGAGUGUUGGGCUUUGUGUUCUUCGGCUCCCUUUGUGUCCUUGGUUCCCCAACCAGCCUUCAUCAGAAUUUGGACCUUGCAGCUGUCUUUAGCUUCCAUAUUCUGUGGCUUUUGUCAAGGCUACUUUGAGCCUAAGGACUGUUGCCUGUUUUAGUGUUCCUCAGAGUAGACCCAUUGGAUUUGAUGUCCAUGACAAACAUGGGUCCAUUCACUUCAGUGGCUUUGCUCUGUGCAGAACUACAGAUGGUGGAUAAAAAGAGAACCUGCCUCAACCUCUCAUCACUGAAGAGUUUCUUUCUCUUUGGGCCUCUUUAGCUGCUCAGCUGCCGUCUGCAGAUCUAUGCCUGUGA